AGACAAAAAUUAAAAAAAUUAAAAACGUUGUGUCAUUAUGACGUGGAUGUUCACUUGGACACACCGAAUGGGCCCAUAGCUCCACAAACACAAGGCCCGUAAGCCCAUCCGGCCCAUCGGGUGGUCUUCUUCCUGAAAUCCAAUCCAAAACUCGCCAAGGAAGGAAAAAUGAGAAUCAAUGGCGACUCACCUGCGGUUCUUCUCGCCGUGUCGUGUACCAGCAGCUUCCUUCACUCGCCUCUUUCUCCCCUCCUCCGCAUCCAAAGUUAGCGCUGCCGGUCUCCCUCCUCUUCCCCUCCGCCGCUCGCUCCGAUCGAAGCCAAUGAGCACCGCCGCCACAAAUUCGGAGAUGGUGGAUUCAGAUCCGGCGAAGAAUGAGAAGCCCGUCGGCGGCGGCGGCGGCGGCGGCGGCGGCGACGAAGAAGUGAUAGUCCAGUACGUAGUGCUGCGGCGAGACCUGAUCGAUGCGUGGCCGAUGGGAAGCGUGGUGACUCAGGGAUGCCACGCCGCCGUGGCGGCGAUCUGGUCUCACAGGGACGACGCGCACACGGUCCGAUACUGUGCGCCGGAGAACAUCGAUUCUAUGCACAAGGUGACGUUGGAGGUGAAAGGGGAAACGCAGAUGUUGAACCUGGCGGAGAAGCUGAAAGGUGGAGGGAUUGCUCACAAGCUGUGGAUUGAACAGCCUGAGAACAUUCCCACCUGCAUUGCUACAAAGCCUUACCCUAAAUCAGAAGUUGCUUCGUUUUUCAAAAAGCUGAAGCUCUGCAAGUGAAGCGAGAAUGGAAUCUUCUGUUACACUCGCCGCCCAUAUUGAUGCAUUGGCAGAUACGUUUUUUCGGUUGUGGAUCGAUUCGGACUGCUAGCAGUGUACUUUCUGGUACGAAUUAGGAUCGAGCUCUGGAUUCGUUUUGUAGUUUUUCUGGUAGAAUGGAAUACAAUGUCUGCUGAUUG